UUUUGUGCUUUCCGUCUCGUCCGCGUCGGCACUCAAAAUCACAAUAAUUUAAAAUUUAGUGUAACAAAGUAUCUAUGAAACUCUUUAUAAAUUUUAUUAUUAUUAAUGGUAGAAUCUGUAAUAAAAACAAAAUAAUGCAUUGAUUAAUAAAAAAAAAUUGUUUUAUAUUUUAUAGAGUUAUAGACACAAACAGUGAUGCUCUAGUUAAGAGCCCCGCCUAUAAUUAUUUGUGUUGGCGUAUGGCUGACGAGAAUCUCUUGGUUUAAACUUAUAAGUUUGUUUCGACAAACUAUUAUCGUAUAUGCACGACUAUCCAUAAAUUUAGAUUACCAAUGGGGUGUGCUCAAAGUGAAAUAGCUCCUCAAAAUGAACAACCAAAAAAGGGUUGCACUGAUGUGUUAUGGCUUGUUAUUUAUGUCAUUUUUUGGAUACUUAUGAUUAUUGUUGCUGCAAUUGCCUUUGUUUAUGGAAAUCCACAACGCCUUAUAAAUGGGUAUGAUUCAUUUGGAAAUACAUGUGGAGUGGCGAAUAAUAAGAAAUUAAUAAAUUUUCCACUUGCGGGCAUAACCACUGUUGAUAAGCCUUACUUGUUUUUUAUGGACGUUAAAGAGUUGCGGAAAUCUCUUAAGAUUUGUGUUAAGAAAUGUCCAAGCAAAAAAAUGGAAACGUUUACAGAUAUACAAACUUUUUACAAAGAAACUGGGUCAAGUUUAUGUAGAUAUGAUAUUAAUUUGAACACAACAACUAACAAUCAAGGUUUAAACAAUUACAUAGGCCCUUGCCCUGUGUUACCAGUUUAUGAAUCAUUUCCACUUCUUAACCGAUGUUUUCCAAAGACAGCUAAAGAAGUAGCUCAAAAGGUUUUUACAGAUUUUUAUGACUUACUCAAUAGUUGGGACACAAUUGAGCAAAUGCUGUCUGAUUUAUACAAUUCAUGGAAAGAAAUGAUAAUUUGUGUUAUAAUAGCUUUUAUAUUUUCCUUAAUAAUGGUAUCAAUACUGCAUUUAUUGGCGACACUGGUAUCUUGGAUAUUUAUGAUUGCUGUGUCUAUAGUGAGCAUAGCAGGAACAGUAUUAUUGUGGUACACCUAUCAUGAGCUUAGAACAAAACAGAGAGAUUUCUCUGAUAGUACUGCAUUUUUGGCGGAAUCUUUCAAGAAUGAAAAGGCAUUUCUAUGGUAUUCAAUUAUUGCAACAAUUAUAACAGUUAUCCUGUUACUUCUUGUUUGGGUGAUGCGGUCUCGAGUAUCAUUCCUGGCAGCCCUGUUUAAGGAGACUGCUCACUGUCUUGGGUCCAUACCAGCGCUCUUCCUUCAACCAAUUAUUACAUUUUUCUUCCUUGUGCUGUUUUUUACGUUUUGGUCAUUUGUUGUUGUAUGUCUAGCUACUGCAAAUUAUCCUGGGAUUCCAUACAAAACGAACUUCUUUAUCAAUGGCUCAAUAUUGCCAGAUCAAAUUGACAAUGCAGCUGUGCAGGCGCAAACUUAUAAUGAGAGUGCUAAAUUGAAAAGCUAUAUUCUAGAUCCAAUAGAGUUCAAUCCAAUGUGGGUGAAGAGUAUGUGGUGGAUGUGCCUUAUUUGCCUUGUAUGGGGGAGCGAGUUCAUUCUCGGCUGUCAACAGAUGACCAUCGCUGGUGCUGUCUCGCAUUGGUAUUUUAGAGGCACGAACACGCACCCCUCACCAGUGAUGUAUUCGAUUGGGAAGCUUUUGAAAUAUCACUUGGGUUCUGUGGCGAAGGGGUCCUUCCUGAUUACAUUGUUCAAGAUACCGCGUUUGAUUCUCACCUAUUUACACGCUAAGUUAUCUUCGAGAGCGGAAAAGGGUUCCGAUUGUGCGAAAUGUGGACUUAAAUGCGGUAUUUGUUGCUUCUAUUGUUUGGAAAAAUUUAUACGCUAUUUGAACCACAAUGCCUAUACAAUUAUUAGUAUUGAGAGAUGUCAUUUCUGUAAAGCGGCUGCUAAGGCUUUCAGUACAAUAGUGAACAAUGCCCUACAAGUAGCGACAAUAAACAGUGUGGGUGAUUUCAUAUUAUUCCUUGGAAAGUGCAUCGUGACCGCAUUGACUGGAAUCAUUGGGUUGUUGCUGCUCAAAAGGAAUUCGGAUUUGCAUUUCUUCGCUGUUCCCACCUUGGUUAUUUGCAUUUUUUCUUUCUUCAUCGCUCACUGCAUUUUGUCGCUUUAUGAGAUGGUAGUGGAUUCUCUAUUCCUCUGCGUGUGCGAGGACCGAAAUAUGAACGGCGAUGACGGGAGAUGGAAGAAUUCUAGACUCGCAGAGUUGGGGGGACACAAGGCUGAUACUGCCGAAAUGGAGGAUUUACAAAAGUACUGAUUUGUAAAUUUAUGCAACUUGAUAUUUAAUUUAAAAAGAAUCAUUUAGUCGCCAUCUAAACGUGCCUUACACUGCUUUAUCAAUACUAAACGUCAUCUCCGGUUUUAAAACCAAUUUUUUUAUAUAUCUUUUUCAUCUGUCGAUUGUCGGUAGUGUUUGACAGAUGCGAGUAAGUUUAGUUUAUAAGUUAAACUUGUCUUUGAAUUCAAAGUUCACAGAUAGUCUUGACAUAUACUCACAAAGUGACACAGACUCGGUGCCACUCUUCCAUGGAUGCUAUAUUAUAGAGUAAGCGUGUAUAUUUUUUUUAAUCAACAACAUUUACUUAUAGAGAAAACGCUUUCUAAAUCGA